AUGUCGUGUUUCCUGGGGCCAAAGACGAUAUGCAAGAAAAUUAUGGCUAUAAUGUCAGAUUAUUGGUGGAAGAGCAACACAACGUCAAAAGGAAUGCAUUGGAGAAGUUGGGAGAGCCUAUGCUCCCCAAAGGACAAAGGAGGACUCGGUUUUAAAGAUCUAGAAGCUUUCAACACGGCUCUGCUCGGGAAGCAACUCUGGCGCGUUAUCACCCAACCAGACUCAUUGCUAGCCAGAAUCUUCAAAAGCAGAUACUUUAGAUCCUCCGACCCUCUCAAUGCCCCACUAGGAACCCGGCCCUCAUAUGCAUGGAGAAGUAUCCACUCAGCUCAGCAUCUGAUCAAACAAGGCGCUAAGGUGAUCAUUGGAAACUGUGAAAACACAAACAUAUGGAGAGAGAGAUGGCUUGGAAGCUCACCUGCGUCACCAAUCACCCAAACAAGCACAGUUCCAGAGCCUAUUAGGCACCUACUCUCUAUGGAUAUGAAGGUUGCAGAUCUGAUGAUGCCAUGUAGAAGAGAGUGGAAUUCUAACCUGAUCAACAGUAUAUUUCCCGAAGGAACUCGACGCAAAAUCCUCUCCAUACACCCAUAA